AUGGUUGGAAAUAAAGCUACAGAAAGAGCUAAAGAGAUAGCGCUUAGCAAAAGAGUCAAAUAUCCGAAAGGUCACCCGGAGUCAAAUAUCCAAAAGGUCACCAGGAGUCAAAUAUCCAAAAGGUCACACGGGGUCAAAUAUCUAAAAUGUCACCAGGAGUCAAAUAUCCGAAAGGUCACCCGGAGUCAAAUACCCAAAAGGUCACCCGGAGUCAAAUAUUCAAAAGAAAAGUCUCAUGAACAACAUGUGGAUGAGGGAGGACUGGAGAGGAAUUUUAGAGAGGCCCUAGCCAAGUCUGCUAGGAUGCUAGGCAAGAAGGCACCCAGCGAACUGCAUAUAGGGGCUCUAUUUGGAUCAUCUACCCUCUCCAUACUUAACUGCGAUAAAACUUCUAAAAUGCUCACUAACUCCGAAUGCAAAGUCGGUGAAGGAAGGACCGAUCCAGGUCUUGAAAUUGAAAACACAAUAAAAUCAGAUUUGUUUAAUGUCAAUUUAAUCGCAUCGGCUUCAAAAGUUGUUACGGCGAGUAAUUCAACAGUUUUUUAG